AUGGCCCCGCCAGUGACUGAAGGUGAAGCACCCUUCCGCGUGCCCAGCGUCGACAAGCCGUGCGUGACAUGGUAUAAGAUUGUCGGCGAUCUCAAAACGAGCAAGAAACUGCCGCUUGUAGCCGUGCAAGGCGGGCCAGGCUUCGCGCACGACUACCUUAUCUCCUUUGCAGACCUCGCAAUUGACCCCUACGACCUCACUGUUGUAUUCUAUGAUCCUAUCGGCACCGGACGCAGUACGCAUCUCCCCGAGAAGAACGGCGACGAAGCGUUCUGGACGGAGCAACUUUUCGAGGACGAGUUCAACAAUUUGCUCAAGCACCUGGGUAUUGAGCGGUACGAUUUUUUCGGGCACUCUUGGGGAGGGAUGCUCGGAUCACGUAUCGCGUCGAAGCGCCCCAUGGGCCUGCGCCGACUCAUCCUCGCAGACUCGCCUGCGAGUAUGAAGACGUGGGCCGAGUCGGCGCGGAAGCUCCUGCACAAGCUGCCGAAGGAGGUUCAGGACACGGUGGAGAAGCACGAGAAGGAUGGCACGACCGAUAGCCCAGAGUAUCAGGCCGCGAUCUCCGUGUUCAUGAAUACGUAUGUCAUGCGGCUGGACCCAUGGCCAACCGAGGUCUUGUCUGUCUUUGAGUGGAUGAUGAAGGAUCCGACUGUGUACUACACCAUGGCUGGCCCUUCGGAGUUCAACAUCACGGGUUCGAUUAAAGACUGGGACAUCACCCCGGAGUUGCACAAGAUUAGCGUGCCGACGCUUGUGUUGAACGGGAAGUACGACGAGGCCACAGACGAGGUCGUCGGACCGUUGUUCUGGAAAAUCCCUCAUGCGCGCUGGUAUACGUUCCCCAACAGCAGCCAUAUGGCAUUCUGGGAGGAGCGAGAGGCAUACAUGAGAUUUAUUGCCGAAUUCCUAGCGCAGGAAUAG